UUAUUGCAAAGACCACUGUCUACUACUCGGAGCACUCGGCUUGUAUUCAUUAAAUGUUUACUUAAAACUUGUGUUUAAUGAAUAAAUAAUAUUAUUUAUCAUAAUGAAGUGGUGGUUCGGAUUUUUAUUAAUGUUGAAAUAUGUUUCUGCGGAGCCUACUCCCAUAGUUUUAUGGCAUGGAAUGGGUGACACAUGCUGUUUAGCAUACAGUCUUGGUCUAUUCAAGUUGUUUUUAGAAAAACAAAUUCCUGGAGUUUAUGUAGUUUCUCUAAAAAUUGGGAAUUCUACGGUGGAAGAUUUAGAAAAUGGAUAUUUUAUGCAUCCAAAUAAACAAGUGGAAUAUGUUUGUGAAACACUGGCCCAAGAUCCAAACCUUCAAAAUGGAUUCAAUGGUAUUGGAUUCUCACAAGGAAGUCAAUUCCUACGAGCAGUGGUGCAGCGAUGUGGCCACAAAUUGGGGCCAAUAAAGAAUUUGAUCACGCUUGGUGGCCAACAUCAGGGCGUGUACGGUCUUCCUCACUGCUUUGCUUUGCAGCACGAAACUUGUGACUACGUUCGGAAAUUACUCAAUUAUGCAGCAUAUUACAGCUGGGUUCAAAACUCCCUCGUUCAAGCUACGUACUGGCACGAUCCACUAGACGAGAAAAAAUACGCGAAGAACAGCGAGUUCCUCGCAGACAUCAACAAUGAACUGCAGAUCAACCAAACAUACAUUGACAAUUUGAUAAAACUGGAACACUUCGUGAUGGUCAAAUUCGAAAGCGACAGCAUCGUGCAGCCCAGAGAAACUGAGUGGUUCGGGUUUUAUGCCCCCGGACAGGCGAAAGAUCUUAUAACUUUACAACAAUCAGCUAUUUACAAAAAGGAUCGAUUGGGCUUAAAGAAAAUGGACGAAGCUGGGAAGUUAGUUUUCCUUUCGCAACCGGGCGAUCAUCUUCGUUUCUCUGAAGACUGGUUCAUAGAUACCAUUAUAAAACCAUACUUGCUAUAAUAACCGCGAUAAGACUGAUCAGCAAAAUAGAAAAAAAUCUCAUUAAUGAUCUUAUUAAAGAAUUUAAUUAUGCUUGAAGUGCAAUUAUUAAACAGUUAUUGGCAUUAGUUAGAUAAGUUAUAACGAUCAAUAUCCUAUUAACUUUGUUGUUAUAUAAGCUUGUGUUAAGGACGUUGACGUGAGUAAACAGGUUCCCUGUCCAAAAUUAGGUCACGAGCAUGAAUUGUAUGUGAUACGCAGGACAGGGAGAGGGUUAAGUAAAUAUAUCG